AUGGGGGAUGCUCUUGAUCCCGAGAAUAAUAGUGGCGGUGGUAGUAGUGGCAGUGGCGGUACUGGCAGCGGUAGCAACGGUGGCAACGGCGAGGGAGAUACUCCACAGAGUGACGAGAACAAACCUGUGUCUGGAUUAGACUUUGAAGGUAGUGAAAUCCAUGGUGAUCCUACUGCAAGGAAGCAAAAACUUCGCUACGAGGGUGACCAGUAUACACCGCAAUGGGUGCGCAAUACAGGGCAGGCCAAAGAAGGUUUUUGCGAUACUUGUGUUCCGGGCAAGUGGCUUCAGUUAAAGAACAGCGCGUUUUGGUACCAUAAGCAGUUUUUUCACGGCAUAUCUUCUGUGUCUGGCAAGUUAUUUUCAAACCCAGUGAAGACACGUCAGAUGGAGCAAGAGGAUAUUGAGGGUCUUUGUCAUCAAUGCAAUGAAUGGAUUCCAAUCUCGAAUCAUAAGCGUCAAAACUCAAUGUUGUGGUAUCGUCAUGCGCAUAAGUGCCACAUCUACCAUAAGCCAAAAACACAGGGUCAGAGCUCUAAUCGAUCAUCGUUCUCGGCACCGCAACCUUUACCAACCUUUACAGAUUCACAACAACAGCUACAACAACAGCAGCAGCAGCAGCAGCAACAGCAACAACACCCUCAACACCCUCUGUCGCAAACACUAAUAGUAGGCGUGUCUGAAUCGACUGUCCCAACGACUGUAGCAGCAACAGUGUCAGCAGGAGAUAACUUCUGA